ACCAGGAAGGGACGGGGAUUUAAACCUGGGGGAGAGAAGGGCAGGAACGUGGGGGUAGUUCGGUUUCAGUCGCAAGGUGAGAGGGGUUUCGCCGGAGCGAUCUGGGAGAAGAGAGUCUGGAUGACACUCGGGAGCUGUCGACGUGUCAAGGAAACUUAGUUAGUAGUUCCUUGGUUAGCAGUUAACCAGCUGACCAGCUAAACGACUGAGUCUGACACGCUCCUGACCUGUCAGUUCACUCAGAAGCAGUUUGGAUGAAUCCAGCAAACUAUAUGGAUCCAGUGGUAGCUCCGUUGCUAACAGCAGGAUGACAUGUCCACUGCGGGGGAUUACUCUGCCUUUAAAAAAAUUUUUUUUUCUUUUUGUGUGACGGAACCGACUAUGGAUUAAGAGAAGAAGCCCGCAUCGCUCCGCUGGGAGGAUUUGAGUCUUCAUAUGAUGAUGGUCAGCGGAACUGCCCAGCAGGGUUUAGGAGCAUCUGAUCAUAAACUGGAAGUUCCGAAGCUUAUAUACUAGAUUAAGAAAACAAUAUAAGGAUCUGGUCUUGUUCAGAGUUGGCACGAGAGCUUGUGUUGGAAUGAUGGCGCAAGACGAGCAGUGAUAAUAAAGUAACUGAUCAGUAAGGACCUAAUUGAAGUAACAGAUCCGGGUAAUAAGUUAUACCUGAUCAAACUAAAUAUUGAUACAAAGUUACUGAUCAGAGUAAUAAGUGAAACCAUAUAUGUAAUUUGAGUAUCCAGAUAUGGCAUAUGCUGAGUAAGUGAACCGGUCUAAUUGCAAAUGCUGCUGAUGGAAAUGCUGGGAGUGCUGCUCUAACCUUGGGUAGAGAAGCUGGAAGAGCCUCAGCUUGUGCACGCAAAUGCUCGGGUAGGUUGACUGAUCUCCAAGUUUUCCUGCGUUUACCUGCCCAUCUCCCCAACUCGAACCGUGCGCCGCUCGAUGGGGGUCUCGAUUAUCUGACCACCAUGGGUGGAUGCGUCGGACGGGAACGUGGGGAGGCAGGAGGCCGGGGGUCCUCCAGGAAUGGUGGAAGGUCUCACAGAAAGCGUGGAGGUCGCAAUGAGCCACUGAAGAAAGACAAACCUAAAUGGAAGAGUGACUAUCCAAUGACUGAGGGACAGCUUCGCAGCAAGAGGGAUGAGUUCUGGGAUACUGCACCGGCCUUUGAGGGGCGCAAGGAAAUCUGGGAUGCUCUGAAGGCUGCAGCAGUGGCCAUCGAAUGCAAUGACCAUGAGUUGGCACAAGCCAUUGUGGAUGGAGCCAGCAUCACACUGCCACAUGGCUCCCUGACUGAGUGCUAUGAUGAGCUUGGAAACCGCUACCAACUGCCGGUGUACUGCUUGGCACCGCCCGUUAACCUGAUCUCCGAACGUAGUGAAGAGGAUGUGCUAGAGAACCCAGAGCCACAGCCUGUACCCAAGAAGGAGUUUCAACUGAAGGUGCGCCUCUCCACAGGGAAGGAUCUGCGGCUGAAUGCCAGUAUGGCUGACACAAUCGGCCAGCUAAAGAAGCAGCUGCAGGCCCAGGAGGACAUUGAUGCCACGCAUCAGCGCUGGUUCUUCUCUGGCAAGCUGCUUACAGACAAGACUCGGCUGCAGGACACCAAGAUCCAGAAGGAUUUUGUUAUCCAGGUCAUCGUUAAUCAGCCCACCAUUCCCAACUGAGCUGGGAGAAUUGCAUCCAUCAGUGUCCCCUGCCCUCUCCACCACUGUCCUUUUGGUUUUGUCUCAAGGGUCUCUUUUUCUGGCUAGAGCAUAACACCCAUCUCACUGAAUGUCAUAAUUAUUUUAAAAAGGGGAACAUCUACUCUGCAUUUACUCUUAUCAGUUACUUUACGUCAUUAAAGAGAUAAUGAUGGUUUUUUUUUUAUUAUUAUUUAAAUGGUGACUUCUACUCAGCUGAAGGGACUUUUCCCGAUGUGGUACCUCCCAAGAGAACCAAGGAGUGCGAUCUACCCACAGUCACUCUGGAACAGUGACAUUUGCAUCGUAGUCUGUAGGGUCUUGGAGAAAUGUGUAAAGAUGAUGAUGAUGAUGAUGACUGUCAAAGCCACGGUUAUUGAAGUGCAAACUGGAGCUGCAGUCUGUACGUUGAUGGAUGUUGGGAGGGCCAACUGGUUCUUGUUAACACAGAAUGUCUUCCCUUGCAGAUAGAUGUGCGUAACGAUGCAAAACAGUCACCAGUACAAGUUAUAUCCAACACCCUGUGUUCAGUCCCAAAAGUCUGUAAGCUGGAAAUAAUGCAAACAAGAACUGGACUGUCCGUGUUCAUGAGCCUGCAGCUCAGUCUCUCUGCUAAUGUGGUUUCAGACUUUGUUAUUGACAUAACAAGCUUUUUUGCACACUUUAUAUUUUAGAUGUGUGCCUUUUGAAAAUGAAAAGAUUCUGAAAUGCUAGUGUUUAUGCUAAGCCCAGCGACAGUCUUUUAAAGUUAAUAUUCAGGAGGUGAAAUAGAAUAAUGUAUUAUAUAGCUGCCUUUAAUGAUAUUGUAAUUGUUAAACAUCAUAGCAGGUGUUUUAAAUGGUUAUCCAUUUGUGGUCCUUCCUUGUAUUGUACGCCUUGACUUUUGCUGUAGUUUGGGAGUCUGAGUCUGUAAGAUUUCAACAAGCCACACAACUAGUCUUGAAUUAAUCCAAAUCCAAACUGUAUAAAGGGACAGAGUGAGACAUGCUGGUACUGAAUGUUGGUCCUAGGUUUUAAAAAAAAAAAAAAAAAAA